AUGGAGAAGAGGAGUAAAAGAAGAGAGACAACUCUAGUCUCUGAUUUAUCACAGUUGUCGUUCUUAGAUGAAAAUGUUAUACUUAACGAAUUGAAGAAACGCUACAAAGAAGAACAAUAUUAUACAUAUCUGGGCGAUGUUUUAGUUGCUUUGAAUCCAAAUAAAUCUAUACCAAUAUUUGACGAUAAGCAUCACGAAGAGUAUAGUAAUUCCAGUUUGGAUCAGACCGAUUCCAACAGAACACCACAUAUAUUCUGGAUAGCUCAACAAGCUUACAACCGUCUACUAGCGACAUGUCAAAACCAAUGUAUAUUAGUCAGCGGGGAAUCAGGGGCUGGCAAAACAGAGUCCACAAAAUUAGCAAUUUCCCAUCUAUCUUAUAUGUGUUCAACAGACUCAAAUGAGAAUCUACAAGAAAAAAUCAUCCAGAUCAACCCCUUGCUAGAAUCAUUUGGAAAUGCUGUUACUCCAAUGAAUGAUAACUCGAGCCGUUUUGGGAAAUUAAUUGAACUACACUUCACCGAGGAUGGCCAUUUGAGUGGGGCGAAAAUUUUCGAUUAUCUGUUAGAGAAAUCAAGAGUAGUACAUCAUGGUUCUGGAGAACAAAAUUUCCAUUUUCUAUAUUAUUUAUUUGAUGGUCUGACAGAGGAUAAGAAAAAAUAUUAUUAUUUAGAGGACAUUGAGCAAUUUCGAGUACUUCAAAAUGGUCGACGUAAUAAAUCAGAACAAGUGGAGAGAAAUAAACAGAAAUUUCACCAACAAAUUGAUAUUAUGAAGAUGAUCGGGUUCUCGGAAGAGGACAUUUCAAGUAUUUUGACACUCUUAUCUGCGAUAUUGAACGUCACCAAUUUGGUCUUUGUAGAUGACACGGAAGUGGAUGGCGUUAAUAUUGAAAAUGAAUUCCAUCUUCGAGUUGCUACUAGUUUCUUGGGGAUAGAAAUUGAAGAACUAACGACAGCAUUGAUAUCUAGUACAAUAUUUGUUAGAGGUGAACGAGUGGAAACGCUAAAGAAAAAACAUCAAGCUGAAGACUGUAGAGAUACUAUAGCUAAGAUUCUGUAUUCAAGAUUAUUUGGUUGGAUUGUAGGACAAAUUAAUGUUCAUCUUAAACCAAAAACAGACAAUGGACGUAAUUCUACAGUGUCUAUAUUAGAUUUAGCAGGUUUUGAAUGUUUACCUAUGAACACAUUUGAUCAAUUAUGUAUAAAUGCUGCCAAUGAGCGUUUACAACAGUAUUUUUAUGAUAAAAUAUUCAAAUAUGAACGAUCUGAUUAUGAGAAAGAAGGUGUGGACGUCAGUCUUGUAGAAUUUCAGGAUAACCAAGAUUUGAUAGACUUGUUUUUCAAGAAACCAUUAGGUUUAUUUUACCUUAUUGAUGAAGAGUCGAGUUUACCAAGAGCUAAUGAUAAAAGCCUGGUUCAGAAAUUAGAAAAUAUUUGUGGUUCCUCUCCACAUUAUAAAACAGUACCAGGAGAUCAAGCUGCUUUUACCAUAUCACAUUAUGCUGGAAAGGUGUCAUACUGUGCCAAAGGAAUGGUUGAGAAGAAUAGAGAUUCUAUAAGCCAGAAUGUUCUAGAUUGUUUAUUAAAGAGUUCUAAUGAUAUGGUUCAGAUGCUGUUUUCACCUUCACAGCAAGAGAUGGGAUCCUGUUCAAGGGCAUUCGGAGCAACUCUUUUAAAACCACAAGCUCCAUCUCGUCCAGUUAUUGAAAUAACCGAUGGGGAUAAAAGUAUAUCAAAAGCCACAGCAGAGAAGCUAAAACGAAAAAGCCUCAAUAAAAGUAAUAACGGAUCUGAAAUUCAAACCAAAUCAUUUGUUUCAAGAUAUUUUCGGAAAUCUUUAGAUGAUUUGAUGACGAAGAUUUCAUCUGUUAACCCUUGGUUUGUCAGAUGUGUUCGUCCAAAUUCAAAGAAUCGUGCCAACAGUUUUGAUGCCGAACUUGUUAUGAACCAAUUGAGAUGUAAUGGAUUAUUAGAAAUUACCAAGAUACGGCGAGAUGGAUUUGCUAUCAGGAUACCAGUUCAGGAUUUCGUUAAAAGCUAUCGAGAAAUUUGUUACAAAGCAAAAGAAGUAUUACCAGAUCCAUGGCAGGCGGCACAAAAAAUUAUGCAAGUGGCAAAGGCUAAAGAUUACGUUUUUGGUCAUACGAAGGUAUUCCUUCGACACUGGCAUGGACCACUGCUCAAUAAUACAUUGGAAAGAAUCAAGAGAGAGGAGCGCGAGGCAGAGCAAAGAAAACGAGCUGCUUUGGAAAAGAAAUUAACUGUUAUCAAAUCACCAGAGCCAUCAGCCAUAGUUGCUUCAACAACAGAAUCUAAAUCUGUGGUCAAAGUUAAAGACUGGAUUCAACUCAAUGAAAAAGAAUUCACAGAAAAGGAAGAUUUAAAUCGGUCAUCGUCAUAUAUCAAGAGCAUUGUGGCCGAUGAAAUGAACAUAUCAUUCUCAUCUUGUUCUAUUACGGUUAGUUCAUUUCGUUCCUGGGAUAGAUUCCAAAAAAUACCUCGAGAUAGAAUUGAUCAAAGAGAUACUUUUAGGACAUUCCUGAAAUGUUGUAAGAUAAUUUGCUAUCAAGCCUUAUUUAUAACCGUAUUAGGUUCGGCUGUGGUCAGUAAAUUGUCACUAUUAACUAUGACAUCGGGGAUAGAACUUGGAAAUAACGAUGCCAAUCCAACCCAUACGAUGUUAUUGAUCAGUGUAUGCUUUCCAUAUUUCUGCUGGAUAUUUGCAUACACAUUUAAAUCAUUAUUUGGAAGCACUGGGUGGCCUUCAAUAACUAUGACUAUAAUUACUUUAAUUUUGGAGCUACUUCACAGUUUUGGAUUAUGUCUUCUGCUAUUUCGAAUCUUACCCAAAGUCGAUAUAUUUGGCGCUUUGAUAAUAUUAUCUUCUGUGUCAGCAAUACCGUCAAUAUUGCAGAUGUUCUGGUCAUUUAAGGUUAAAACUAUGCCAUAUAAGAAAAAAGUGUUAGGGAGUAUCUUACACAGUGUCGCCGCCUUUUUUCAAGUAGGCUGUAUUGUUAUGACCAUAUUUUUAGGAGUUUUGUUUAAACAAACUGAUAAAGAUGCAAUGAAAGAGUAUGUUGUUGGAGAUCUUAAAGCUAAUACUGUGGUCAACAAUGCGGUUGUCUUCUUUCGUGGAUCAGUUUCAUGGGAACUUCCGGUAUCAUUGUUUCUAAUUUCAUUGGGAUAUUGGGAGAAUUUUAUGGAUGGUGAUAUUGCUAUAGGGCGAGUUAAAUUGCCAUUCAUAUCAUGGAUUAAAACUCUUCAUGUUGUUAGACAAAGACUCUAUACAUUUGUAGGGGUUUGGAAAAUUGGUUGCUCUUUCCUGUUUGCGAUGCUGUUAGUUGAUGAUUUUAGAUUUAGUUUAAGUUUCGAUUCAGCUCAUACAUCUCAAUCAAAAGCGAACAUGACAGAAAUAGAAACGUUUUUUGACCAUGCUGAGCAGUUUGGACCUUUGUAUCUUCAUCUUGUAUCGGCAUGGAUCUGCUCCUACGUUUCCGGUCUAGCUUGUAAAUUGUGUAUGCAGUUGUUUGGUUUUUCACUUCCGCUUUCUCUGGUCACACCUGUUUCUGCAACUGUUAUCAUUUUACAAUGUCGGUAUAAUUUCAUACCUGAAUCGGCUAACUUCUAUUUUUGGAUUUGUCCAACUACUGACGACGAAUUGGUAAUAUAUCACUACAUUCUACUGGGAAUAUCGUGGCUGUCCCAGAUUAUCAUCAAUGCUCAUAUCUGGUUUCCACAGUCCGAUAGAAUGUCAAAAGUUGAAAGGCUAUUUGUAUCACCAACACGAUGUGUUCUAACAGAUCAAUCUCUGUUGAUGAGAAGAAGACGAUGGGAGAAAGGAACAUUCCUCUACCAAUACGGUGAUGAUGAAAGUGAAUUCUACGAAAUGUCUCAAAGAAAUGAAAGCGUUCCAAAAAUCUAUGCUUGUGCUACCAUGUGGCAUGAAACUAGAAAUGAAAUGACACAACUUCUGAAGUCUAUAUUCAGAAUGGAUAUUGAUCACAGUGCUCGUUUUCUGGCACAAAAAUAUUACCAAAUCCACGAUCCCGAUUAUUAUGAAUUUGAAGCACAUAUUUUCUUUGAUGACGCUAUGGCUUUAGAUGCAAACAAUACAUUAUUACCGAAUACAUUUGUUAGAGAUUUGGUGGAUUGUCUUGAUGAAGCACUAAGUUCGGUUCAUGAAAGACAAAUAUCACUUGGCCCACCUAAGAGGACACCCACUCCUUAUGGCGGAAGAUUUACAUGGGAUUUACCCGGUGCCACUAGCUUAGUUGUCCAUCUAAAAGACAAACACAAAAUAAGACACAAAAAGCGAUGGUCACAGGUGAUGUACAUGUAUUAUUUAUUGGGAUUUAAACUAUUGGCUGAAUCUGAGACAGGUCACGAGAAAGCAUCUGAUAUAACAGAUGAUCAAGUUAGAUUAACAGAUUCUCAACUUCGCAGACGACGUCGUUCAGCUCAUUUUACUCGUAGUGUAUUAUUUAAUUAUGUACCAGAAGAAGUUCAGACAGAGGCUGAAAACACAUUCAUUCUUACAUUAGAUGGUGACGUUGAUUUCAAACCGGAUGCAGUGAGAUUACUUGUUGACAGAAUGAAGAAGAAUAAGAAAGUUGGUGCUGCUUGUGGACGAAUUCAUCCUAUUGGAUCAGGUCCUAUGGUUUGGUAUCAACAAUUUGAAUACGCCAUUGGCCAUUGGUUACAAAAAGCUACUGAACAUGUUUUCGGUUGUGUUUUGUGUGCACCAGGAUGCUUUAGUUUGUUUCGCGGGUCAGCUUUAAUGGAUGACAAUGUGGCAAGGCUCUACACCACCCGAGCCACAGAGGCCGGGGAAUAUGUUCAAUAUGAUCAAGGUGAGGAUCGAUGGCUGAGCACAUUACUACUUCAACAAGGACAUAGAAUAGAUUAUUGUGCUGCAGCAGAUGCUCUAACACAUGCUCCUGAAACAUUUUCAGAAUUUUUUAAUCAACGAAGGCGAUGGGGACCAUCUACAUUAGCCAACAUCAUUGACUUGUUAGGGGAAUGGAAGAAUACCGUGCGCAUAAAUGACAACAUCAGUACCCUUUAUACAAUAUAUCAGAUUACCUUAUUGGCCUCUACAGUUCUUGGGCCAGCGACAGUCUUAUUGAUGAUGGCAGGAGCGUAUACCGUAGUCUUCAAAACAACCAUUCUACAGUCUUAUACAUUGGCCAUCGUUCCUGUAAUUUUCUACAUUGUUUUAUGUAUGUAUAGUAAGGCAGAAACUCAACUGACUGUUGGGGCUAUAAUGAGCGCGAUAUACGCUGUAACAAUGACAGUUGUUCUUGUCGGUACAGUCGGAACAGCAGUAGAAGGAUCAAUAACUAGCCCGAACGUAAUAUUUAUGAUAAUGUUAGCUGCUGUAUUUUUUAUAGCGGCUUUAAUGCACCCUGAAGAGUUCACGUGUGUUAUACCCGGUGUUUUGUAUUUCAUUUGUAUCCCGGCUGGUUAUCUGGUUCUCACUACUUACUUCCUCUGUAAUUUAAACAUCGUAUCAUGGGGUACCAGAGAGGUUCCGGUGCGCAAAACAAAAGAAGAUAUUGAAAGAGAGUGGAAGGAUCAAGCAGCCAAAGCGGCAUCAAGAAGGAAAAAGAACUUUUUGGGGUGGUUGGGAUUUGAAUCGAUUUUGAAAGAAAUAGCUGAAAUAUUUAAGCAAAUUAAAGGAAUCACUUUAGAUAAAGUAAAUGACAAACCAAACAAAUCUUCAACUGAUAUUUUAUUGGAGGAACUAAUAAAGGAAAUAAAAAUUGAUCGAAAAAGUCGCACUCCUGCCAAAACUGUUAAACCAGAAGUGAAAAAAACUAGCACAAGUACGAUUGCUGAAGAAUCUGUUAAAGAUGAGUCAUGGAUAUCUGGUGAAACGUUUGGAGAUGGACCUAUGAUAUUUUUAGAUGCUAGAGAAAAUAGAUUUUGGGAGCAACUUAUUAAAAAGUAUUUAUAUCCAAUAAACGAGGAUAAGGAGCAUCAAGAGAAAAUAGCGUCAGAUUUAAAAUCUUUAAGGAAUAAUGUUGUGUUCGGUUUCUUUAUGGUUAGCUCGUUGUGGGUAGCAUUAUCGAUGCAAUUGGAAGUACUGCAAGGGGAAUUACAGCAUUAUCUUUUCUUUCAAAUCCCAAGAUUAACUCCUGAUGACAAACCUUUAACAUUCCAGCCUCUUGGUAUGAUGUUUCUUGUUUUUUUCGCCUGUAUCUUGUUUAUUCAGUUUGUAGGCAUGUUCGUCCAUAGAUGGGGAACAAUGCUUCAUGUUCUGUCUAUCACUGACGUAGGAUUUGGGCAGAAGUUCAAUGAAAAGGAUAAGAUUAGAGAAACUAUCAUGAGAGUGAUUGAGCUGCAGAAAGUAAGAAAUAUUGAACAUGAACCCGAACCUGACUAUGAUGAACCACUACCUGAUUAUGAGACUGGAGAAGGUGAUGGAAUGGCAGAGGAAAUUAGUAUACAUAGUGGGGAGGACUCGGUUACAGUUCCCCCCUCAUAUCAUACUGAUGAUAACUUUAUAUUUGACUUCCCAAGACGAACUAUGAGAAAUGCACGAAAGCGCCAACGAAUAUUUAACAGUCAUGGAAAUCCCACAGGUAGGAUUACUAGUGUUAAAUAA